AUGGCCUCGUUCAAGCUGGUCACGGGAGACCUCAUCCGACUCGUGGAGACCCCUCAUGAGAAGCAACAGAACGUGCUCGCUAGCAUGGGCGGCCUCGAGGGCGUUGCCGCUGCGCUCAACGUGGACCCUCGUCAAGGUCUCGACUCGAACAACGCCGCGGAUCUCGCCAAGCGUGAGGAAUCGUUCGGCAAGAACUACGUGCCGCCCCCCAAGCCCAAGAGCUUCCUGGAGCUCAUGUGGGACGCGUAUCAGGACAUCACGAUCAUCGUGUUGACCAUCUCGGGUUUCAUCUCCAUCAUCCUAUCGAGUACAGUGGGCGACCAUCCCGAGACCGGCUGGGUCGAAGGAGCUUGUAUCAUUCUGGCCGUCGUCGUCGUCACGAUCGUAACGGCUAUGAACGACUACCAGAAGGAAGCGCAGUUCCGCGCCCUGAACGCUGUCAAGGAAGACGAGAAGAUCAAGGUCAUUCGUAACGGCCAGCCUGCUGAAGUCAGCAAGUGGAGCCUCGUGGUGGGCGACAUUGUCCGUGUGGACUUGGGUGACAUCAUCCCGGCCGACGGUAUCGUGUUCGACGAGAAGGAGAUCAAGAUGGACGAGAGUGCCAUGACGGGUGAGUCGGAUCUGCUCUCCAAGAACGCUGACAACCCGUUCUUACUCUCCGGCACGAAGGUCAUGGAAGGUGUCGGUAAGAUGCUCGUGGUGUGUGUCGGCGAACACUCGCAGGCUGGUAUCAUCAAGAGUCUGAUCAACGGCAACCGACCGGGAGCUGCUGCCGGUGGAAGUGACAGCAAGACCAAGAAGAACCCGGACGCUGCUGACGACCAGAUCUACGUCGAGAUUGAGACCCCCAAGAACGUCGCUACCCUCGAGGAAGAGACCAAGGGUGGAGAAGAGGAGGAGAGUCAGUCUCCUCUUGAAGGCAAGCUGUACAACUUGACGGUGCUUAUCGGCAAGCUCGGUACGCUUGUGGCUCUGCUGGUGUUCGUGAUCAUGUCGAUCCGCUUCUCCAUCGACACGUUCGGCAACGACAACAAGCCCUGGAAGAGCGGAUACGUCAGUGACUACCUCAACUUCUUCAUUAUUGCUAUUACGGUGCUUGUGGUGGCUAUCCCCGAGGGUCUACCGCUCGCUGUGACCAUCGCUCUGGCCUACUCGGUCAAGAAGAUGCUGGUGGACAACAAUCUGGUGCGUCACUUGGACGCUUGUGAGACGAUGGGAAGUGCCACGACCGUGUGCUCCGACAAGACCGGCACCCUGACGACCAACCGUAUGACGGUGAUGCAGCUGUGGAUUGGAGACCAGGAGUUCUCUUCUGCUACGGAGGGUGUUGGUGCUCUCUCAGACGCCACUAAGGAGGCUCUGUGCGUGGGUAUUGCUGUCAACUCGACGGCCGAGAUCUUGCCUCCCAAGGUGGACAACGGACUGCCUGAACACACUGGUAACAAGACGGAGUGCGCUCUGCUGCAGUACAUUCGUGAUGGUGGCGUCGAGUACCCCGAGAUUCGCCUGAACAAUGAAGUGGUGCACAUGUUGACGUUCAGCAGUGCCAAGAAGCGUAUGUCCGUGGUGGUUCGUCGUAGUGCGACCACGUGCCGUGUGUACACCAAGGGGGCCACGGAGGUGGUGCUUGGUCUGUGCCAGGACAUGCAGCGUGUAGAUGGCUCCAUUGAGGCUCUGGAUGAUGCUCGCAAGGCGAAGAUUGGUGACGAGGUGAUUGAGAAGUACGCGUCUCAGGCGUACCGUACGUUGUGUCUGGCCUACCGUGACUUGGACGUGCCUGCUGAGGAGACGGCUAACUGGUCUGAUGAGGAUGUGGAGAAGAACUUGACUUGUGUGGCCAUUGUGGGCAUUGAAGACCCCGUGCGUCCCGAGGUGCCCGGUGCUAUUCAGAAGUGCUAUCGUGCCGGUAUUACCGUGCGUAUGGUGACUGGAGACAACAUCACGACUGCUCGCUCCAUUGCCAGCAAGUGUGGUAUCACACAACCUGGUGAUGGCUCGUUGAUCAUGGACGGACUGACGUUCCGUAGCCGUGUGCUGGACGCUCAGGGCAACAUCAUCCAAUCGGAGUUUGACAACAUCUGGCCUAUGCUUCGUGUGCUCGCCCGUUCAUCGCCUAAGGACAAGUACACGCUGGUGUCUGGUCUCAUGCAGAGCAACGUUAUCCCGCACGGCCCUCAGGUUGUUGCUGUCACCGGUGACGGUACUAAUGACGCUCCUGCUCUUAAGAAGGCCAACGUGGGGUUCGCUAUGGGUAUCAGUGGCACGGCUGUGGCCAAGGAUGCCUCGGAUAUUAUUCUGAUGGACGACAACUUCAACUCUAUCGUGAACGCCAUCAAGUGGGGACGUAACGUGUACGACUCGAUCGCCAAGUUCCUGCAGUUCCAGCUGACUGUCAACGUGGUUGCUAUCUCGCUGGCUUUCAUCGGUGCCGUCGUGCUGGAGCAGUCUCCUCUGUCUGCUGUGCAGAUGCUGUGGGUCAAUCUGAUCAUGGACUCAUUCGCCUCGCUGGCUCUGGCCACUGAGGAGCCCACGCCUCAACUUCUGGAGCGCAAGCCGUACCCGAAGACGCAGCCGCUUAUCUCUAAGAAGAUGACCAAGCACAUCCUCGGUCAGUCUGCGUACCAGCUGAUUCUGCUGCUGGUCAUUGUGUUCACUGGUGAGAAGUGGUUCGACAUCCCGUCUGGCCGCCUUCCUGACCUUCCCGAGGAAAUCGAAGAUGACCCGACGGUCCACAUGACCAUCGUGUUCAACACGUUCGUGUGGGCUCAACUCUUCAACGAGCUCAACUGCCGUAAGAUUCACGAUGAGAUCAACAUCUUCACGGGUAUCACCAAGAACCGCGUCUUCCUGUACGUGUGCGUGCUGCAGGUUGCCAUGCAGUACGUGAUGGUGCAGCACACUGGUGACUGGUUCAAGUGCAAGCCUCUCAGCGUUGGCCAGUGGUUCGCCUGUAUCGGCAUGGGCUUCGUCUCGAUGCCGCUUGGGCUCGUGCUGCGCUCGAUUUCCAUGAAGAACGCUCCCAGCUGGAUGGCUCUUUGCCGCGAGGUGGACGAGGAUGAAGUUCGCAAGAUGACUUCGAACUCUGGUCGCGGCCAGGAGCUUUGGGUUCGUAGCCUCGCUCGCAUUCGCGCCCAGAUUCGGGUUAUUAAGGCCUUCCGGAAGGGACUCCAGUCGAAGGCUCUCCUCAAGGGAUAG